AUGCAUUUUUCUUGUUUAUCAGAUUGUUUGAAUGAAGAUAUCAGUUAAAAAAUGAACAAAAAUUAGUCAGGUGACAAAGAGUCUGUGAAGAAAUCCUGUUCUGCAAGAAUAUUUAAUGAAGAAGUCAAUGUCACAAAUCGUUCUGCUGAGAAUUAUCAUGAACCUUUGGAGGCCUCACACGGGGCACGAAUCAUGGCUAAUGAGUCUGCAAGAGAAAAGGAACAACUAACACAGAAAAUCAUCCACCUUGAAACACAGAUUAACGCUAAAGAGAAGGAGAUUGGCUUUCUUAAGCAAACUCUCUUUGGAAAUGACAAAGACAUUGCUGAUCUUAAGGAAAAACUGUCCCAGCUAAAACAAACUGUGCAAACGACUCAAUCUGAUUUUGUCAAGCACAUGGCAUCAAUAAACAAAAAGCUACAGGACGCAAGGAAGAACAUUGCCCAGCUCGAGGGGGACCUUAAUUUUACUGUCCAGAAGAGUAAAACAGAAGCAGAAGAGUCCCGGAGCAAACCACAAACGUUUAAUGGCAAAGUUUACUUUGACUUUCAACCAUCAUGGUUUGACACUCCAUCCAAUAACGGUGGAUGUUUCAAAGUUGAAAACUUUCCAGUCACAGCAAAAGAUCUUGAAGUCAUAAGGAAUGUUAAAUCAAAUUCUAGGGCCGUCACUGUGCAAGCUAAAGGCAAAGAUUAUUUUGACCUUCAACCAUCAUGGUUUGACACUCUGUUGGAAAACGCUGGAUGUCUUGAAGUUGAAAACUUUCCAGUCAAAGCAAAGGAUGUUAAAGCCAUGAAUGUUGAAUCAAAUUCAAAAGCCUCCACUAAGUCAGCUAAAGGUCCAUAUCCUUACCGUCGCCCACUACAUCUUAUUAUGGCGAGCACUGUUUCCCGUGGAAAAAUAUAA